CAGGAUGGGGCCUGGGCUCCACCGUCCCCCAACCUCUCCACGCCAUGGGUCCCCCCUCCCCAGAACUAAGCUGGAGUUUGGAGUUUGACCCUCUUGGAGGCUCUCUCAGCAGCAGGGAUACAGGAGGAAGGGUCACUGCUAUCUCUUGAAGCUCUUGGCGUGUCUCCCUCCGGUGUCCCCCUCCUUACAGCCACCACCACCUCCUAGCACCUUAGAAGCCACUGACAGCCUCCAGGGCAGGUGAGCCCUGCAUCUGAAAUAAGGAUCCAGAGGGCUCAUUCAGGACCAUGGAGAGCGGCACCAGCAGCCCUCAGCCUCCACAGUCAGAUUCCCUGGAUGUGUUUCCCCAGAAGGGCUUACAGGCUGGGGACAUCGCGGUGCUGGUUCUGUACUUCCUCUUUGUCCUGGCUGUUGGACUAUGGUCCACAGUGAAGACCAAAAGAGACACAGUGAAAGGCUACUUCCUGGCUGGAGGGGACAUGGUGUGGUGGCCAGUGGGUGCAUCCUUGUUUGCCAGCAAUGUUGGAAGUGGACAUUUCAUUGGCCUGGCAGGGUCAGGUGCUGCUACAGGCCUUUCUGUGUCAGCUUAUGAGCUUAAUGGCUUGUUUUCUGUGCUGAUGUUGGCCUGGAUCUUCCUCCCCAUCUACAUUGCUGGUCAGGUCACCACGAUGCCAGAAUACCUACGGAAGCGCUUCGGUGGCACCAGAAUCCCUAUCAUCCUGGCGGUACUCUACCUAUUUAUCUACAUCUUCACCAAGAUCUCGGUAGACAUGUAUGCAGGUGCCAUCUUUAUCCAGCAGUCUUUGCACCUGGAUCUGUACCUGGCCAUAGUGGGGCUGUUAGCCAUCACUGCUGUAUACACAGUUGCUGGUGGCCUGGCUGCUGUGAUCUACACGGAUGCUCUGCAGACGCUGAUCAUGCUUAUAGGAGCACUCACCUUGAUGGGCUACAGUUUUGCUGCGGUUGGUGGGAUGGAAGGCCUGAAGGAGAAGUACUUCUUGGCCCUGGCUAGCAACCGAAGUGAGAACAGCAGCUGCGGGCUGCCCCGGGAAGAUGCCUUCCAUAUUUUCCGAGAUCCGCUGACAUCUGAUCUCCCAUGGCCAGGGGUCCUAUUUGGAAUGUCCAUCCCGUCCCUCUGGUACUGGUGCACGGAUCAGGUGAUUGUCCAGCGGACUCUGGCUGCCAAGAACCUGUCCCAUGCCAAAGGAGGUGCUCUGAUGGCCGCGUACCUGAAAGUGCUGCCCCUCUUCAUAAUGGUGUUCCCUGGGAUGGCCAGCCGCAUUCUCUUCCCAGAUCAAGUGGCUUGUGCAGAUCCAGAGAUCUGCCAGAAGGUCUGCAGCAACCCCUCAGGCUGUUCUGACAUCGCGUAUCCCAAACUCGUGCUGGAACUCCUGCCCACAGGGCUCCGUGGGCUGAUGAUGGCUGUGAUGGUGGCGGCUCUCAUGUCCUCCCUCACCUCCAUCUUUAACAGUGCCAGCACCAUCUUCACCAUGGACCUCUGGAAUCACCUCCGGCCUCAGGCAUCUGAGAAGGAGCUCAUGAUUGUGGGCAGGGUGUUUGUGAUGCUGUUGGUCCUGGUCUCCAUCCUCUGGAUCCCUGUGGUCCAGGCCAGCCAGGGUGGCCAGCUCUUCAUCUACAUCCAGUCCAUCAGCUCCUACCUGCAGCCGCCCGUGGCGGUAGUCUUCAUCAUGGGAUGUUUCUGGAAGAGGACCAACGAAAAGGGUGCCUUCUGGGGCCUGAUCUCGGGCCUGCUCCUGGGCUUGGUUAGGCUGGUCCUGGACUUUAUUUACGUGCAGCCUCGGUGCGACCAGCCAGAUGAGCGCCCGGUCCUGGUGAAGAGCAUUCACUACCUCUACUUCUCCAUGAUCCUGUCCACAGUCACCCUCAUCACUGUCUCCACCGUGAGCUGGUUCACAGAGUCGCCCUCCAAGGAGAUGGUCAGCCACCUGACCUGGUUUACUCGUCAUGACCCCAUGGUCCAGAAGGAACAAGGGCCACCAGGAACUCCUUUGUCUCUUAACCUCUCUCACAACGGGAUGCCAGAGGCCAGCAGCAGCAGGGUCCAGUUGGAGAUGGUUCCAGAAAACAUGUCUAAAACCCACAGCUGUGAUGUGACCCGGAAGCAGUCUAAAGUGGUGAAGGCCAUCCUGUGGCUCUGCGGAAUACAGGACAAGGGCAAGGAAGAGCUCCCAGCCAGAGCAGAACCCGCCAUAGUUUCCCUGGAAGAAAACCCCUCGGUGAAGACCCUUCUGGAUGUCAACCUCAUUUUCUGUGUUAGCUGUGCCAUCUUUAUCUGGGGCUACUUUGCUUAGUGUGGGGUGAACCCAGGGGUCCAAACUGUUUCUCUUCAAUGCUCCAUUUUUUAAAUGAAAGAAAAAAUAAUAAAGCUUUUGUUUACCACAA